AUGCACGGCUCCCACAGUCUCCAGGCGCUUCUGCUGCCGUCACUGCUGUUGCUGGUGGCCUCCACGGGCCCCGCCGGGGCCCUCAGCGACCACGAGAGACAUGAGAUGGUGGAGCUGCACAACCACUACCGGGCCCAGGCGUUCCCACCAGCCGCCAACAUGCUGCAGAUGAGGUGGGACGAGGACCUGGCCGCCUUCGCCAAGGCCUACGCUCAGCAGUGCGUGUGGGGCCACAACAAGGACCGCGGGCGGCGCGGCGAGAACCUGUUCGCCAUCACCGACGAGGGCCUGGACGUGCCGCUGGCGGUGGAGGGGUGGCACCUGGAGCGCGAGCACUACAACCUCAGCACCGGCACCUGCGACCCGGGCCAGAUGUGCGGCCACUACACGCAGGUGGUCUGGGCCAAGACAGAGAAGAUCGGCUGUGGCUCCCACUUCUGUGAGAAGCUCCAGGGCAUCAACGAGGCCAAUAUCCACCUACUGGUUUGCAACUAUGAGCCCCCGGGGAACGUGAAGUGGCAGAGGCCCUACGUGGAGGGGACUCCGUGCUCCCAGUGUCCCUCUGGCUACCACUGCCAGAACUCCCUCUGUGAACCUAUCAGAGGCACGGAGGAGUCUCCGGAUUCCCCUCACCUGGUAACUGAGGCCACAUCUUCCCUGGCAACUGAAGCCUCAGGGUCUAGGAAAGGGGGUAUCUCUUCUACCCUAGCAACGGAAACUUCAUCGUUCUUGGUAACAGAGGUUUCGGACUCCCUGGCAACCAAGGUUCUACCUGAUGCAGAGAUCAAGGCCCCAUCUUCCUUAGCAACGGAAGGCCCCCUCACCAUGGCAACCAAAGCUCCACCUUCCUUAACAACUGAGGUCCCUUCGUGUUUGGAAACUCAGAGCCUGUUCUCCUUGGAUGAGGGGACAACUACCUCCCCCAAAUCAACCGAUGGCCCCAUCCCAACAUUGGUAGACAAAGAGGCCAGCAAGAUAAGAGUGCCCUUCAGGAUCCCAGAGAGUUCUCUGCACCUCAAGGUGUCUCUGACAGGGACACAGGAGCCGCUCCCCUACUCCCAGAAGGAGGGCGAGGCUGAGGCCCAGUUGCCUUCUUCCAGGGAGGUCUUGGUCUCCGAUUUUCCAGCCCAGGAGGAGCCAGGUGAGCUGCAGUCCCCGCUGGACCACGAAGGCAUUUUUUCUGUCCAUACAGGGCACACCUUCUCCAAGUCCCUGCCCAACUUUCCCAGUAUGUCUGCCACCAAUAAUGCCGUGGUUGGGCAAACCAUGGCCCUGCAGUCGUUCUUGCCAGGUGCAGAGGACCAUGAAAAGCCUGAAAUCCACUCAGGGCUGAACUCGGGUCCUGGUCACAUCUGGGGCCCUUUCCUGGGUCUGCUGCUACUGCCUCCCCUAGUGUUGGCUGGAAUCUUCUGAAGGGUCAACAAAGGCAAGGCCUGGUGGGGGGACUCUGGCCUCAUGCCCACUCUGGAUUGUCUUUCUCCAAGUCAGAGGCCACAGCUUCCUGGGCAGGUCCUGCUCUGUGGCCCAGUAGCCGCCUUCACCCAGCUUCUGGCCAGACUCCAGGCUAGUGCCAAUCCUGGCACUGCCCCAGGAGUGCUUCUGCUUCUGGGGUGGUCCCCCCUCAGCUAGCUGCAGACUUUCUGAGCAGCGUUCCUGUGGCUGUGGUCCUGCUCUUCUAGGGACAGAUCUGAGGUCCUGCUUUCCAGGAACCCCUUGGCCCCUCCCAGCCCCUGGCCUCUUCCUGGAGAUAUCUGAGUCUUGGGAUGUUUCCAGGCCUGCCUCCUGCCUUCCAGGGUGAGGAUGUCAGCUGUCCUCCUGCCAUCUCCCUCACUCUGUCCCCAGCCCCUCAAACAAGAUGCUACUUGACUGAAGGCCCUCUGGAAGGAAAGGCUGCAGGGCAUGUGCCUCACCCAGACAUUUUGGCCUGGCUGGCAACGAGCUCAGUUUGUUGCCCAAGGACUGCAUAUCUGGCCCGGGCCCCUCCUGCCCCUCCUGUCAAUCCAGGGGGUGAGAGGGGUUUCUGGGGAGGUCCCUGCCAGCCUGGCCUGGGGCUGUCUGCCUGUGCAAGGUAGGGGGU